AUGGCUGAUCAUAAUCCGAAUGCUCACUUGAACCCCUCUGCUGGCGCGUUCACUCCUGCCAAUGGCCAUCAGGUGAGCCCACUUUCUUAUCUCGAGCUCCAAUACAAGGUCGAGGAUCUCGAACGCGAGCAAGCCUGGUCCCGCGCCGAGAUUUCCGACCUGAAGACCCUCUACCACACCUUCCGCACCGAAAUCGAUACCCUCAAGAAGGGUGGCUGGAACGUCACGGUUGGGUCCUUUCGAAACCAGAUCAACUCGCGUUUCACGAAAGCACUGGACGAUGUGAAGGAGAAGGCCAUUAGCGGCGCUAUAUUGCCGCCAAAUGGUUGUUGUAACAAUGCUAAUGUGAGUCAAAAGAAGCUCAACGGUACAACCGUCCCUCCUCAUCUGCGCUCCCAGACCGCCUCCUCCGUGCCGCCACACCUUCGACACAAGACAGGCACCAGCUUCGUCUCUGUGGCACCUCACCUGCGCAAUGGAGUCGCCGAUGGGUUAGUAUUUUUCCAGCCUGUGGUGUGGUCAAACACUGACAAGCGCAGCCUCUCCGGUAAGAGCUCCGAGGUCAAGUCUGGCUUGUCGAAUGCCAAUAACCCUCUUGUCAUAGAUGGCAAUGUCGACGACCCCAAGACCGAGCGCUUUAACCAGAAGACAAUCAUAGAGCGCGAAUUGACCCCGCCGCUCUCACCCAAGACUCUUGAUGCUCAACUGAGCACCGCAGCCCAGGAUCUCUCCCUCCUCAAGAUCGAUGUCUUUGGGCAACCCUGGAAGCCCCAGUACAUCGCCAACCUUCCUGAUCUGGACCCUACUAUCUCCUCUCAUAUACCCUCUGCUCCUGUGAGCUUCUCCGACGACUUCUUACGCAAUCACCUCGGCGGCAUCAUAUGGGGUCCCGGCCUCGCCUUCAUCCCUCCCCCACAGCCCUCCAUCCUCCCCGACCGCGUGUACUACACCGUCGACCCGGCACACGACCCGCACCUCCCUUCCGCGCCAGGCCAGCACGGUGCCAAGCUCGUACCCUUCUUCAACAUCGUUCCUGAGGACAACCUCGACUUCGACCUGCCCGAGGACUACGACUCGUCGUCCAAUGUUCCGCUGUUCGUGCUGGAAGAUGUACCUGGUGCUGGUGGCAAGACACGUAAGCGCUAUGUAUACUACGGACACUACACGCAAUCACGCUGGAGCGACAAGCUCGACUACGACCGCAUGGUGAAUUGCGUGCCCGCUUCCGUGCGGGAGUACUGGGCGGAGGAGCUUUCCGCAUCAGGCCGUCCAGAGUGGGUCACCAACGCCCUGCAGAGGCACUUCUUCCCUGCGCCUGUGUACCACGGCGCGCUGCCCGCCGUUGCUGAGGAUGAAGGCGGUUCUGUCGCUGACGAAGAGAUGGCCGCCCGCGAGGAGAAGGUCGCGCGGGAUGUGAGUCGACACGUGAAGUUGCUGAGGGUAUGGAAGAAGGAGGCGGAUAUGCGGACGAGUCUGAUUAGGAAGGACUUCAUUCUUACUGCUUUCGAUCGAGUGAGUUCCCUUCUUCAUUCAAUUCCCUUUGUUUCCCCUGAUAACAGUUCGCAGGCUGAUGCGGACGAGCCCACGGCGCUGCGCCUCUGGUGGGAGUACCUUGAGUGCGUCGACUGGCGCGUUGACUUCUACAACACGCUGGUCACGCUGCAGAGCCGCAACCCCAGCUAUAUCUAA